GAAAGUUAAAUAUAGAUGAGGAAACUGCGCACAGAAACAACCAUUAUCCUGUUCCUCAGAAAGUUAACAUUGCAGCUUAAGAGUCUACCUUUGUAGAGAAAUUAAAGGAAAAUACAAGAUUUGUAGGUGUGUAAGAGAAAUAGAGACAGAGGGAGAUGGAAAAACCUUGACAGCUGAACCGCAGCUACCAUUCAGGAUACCGAGGUCACUGUGAGAGUGAGAAAAACCCCCACCAGUUUACGGUCUAAAUGCUGACUCAGUCUAGGACUUGUGUUUGCUCUGUUAUUGUGUUCCUGAAAUGGCGUCCUCUAGCCGUCUCCUGUCUGAAGAGCAGUUCCAGUGCUCUAUCUGUCUGGAUGUGUUCACUGAGCCUGUCUCCACUCCAUGUGGACACAACUUCUGCGAGGCCUGUAUCAGUGGAUACUGGGAUAUAACUGACCUGUGCCAGUGUCCACUGUGUAAACAAAUAUUCCACCAAAGACCCGAGCUAAAAACCAACACAGCAUUCAGAGAUAUUGUAGAGCAUUUUAAGAUGAUCAGAAUCAGAGACACAGACGAGUCCCCUGCCGAGGCUGGAGAAGUGUCCUGUGACGUCUGCACUGGGACAAGGCUCAAGGCCCUGAAGUCCUGCCUGGAGUGUCUGACCUCUUUCUGUGAGACUCACCUGCAGCCUCAUCAGAGAGUCACCGGCCUGAAAAGGCACAAGCUAAUAGACCCCGUGGAGAACCUGGAAGACAGGAUGUGUAAGAAGCAUGACAGACUGCUGGAGCUGUUCUGUAGGACCGACCAGACGUGUGUGUGUCAGUUCUGCAUUGAGACAGACCACAAGAAUCACCACACCGUCCCUCUAGAAGAAGAGUGUGGAGAGAGGAAGGUUCAGCUGGGGAAGACGAAGCGACAGAUACGGCAGAUGACCCAGGAGCGAAUGCAGAAGGUUCAGGAGGUCAAACAUUCAGUAGAGCUCAACAAGAGAGACGCAGAGAGAGAAAUAGCGGACGGCCUGCAGGUCUUCACUGCUCUGGUGUAUUCCAUUCAGAGAAGCCAGGCUGAUUUCAUGGAAGUGGUUGAGGAGAAGCAGAAAGCAGCAGAGAAUCGUGCUGAUGGGCUCAUUAAAGAGCUGGAGCAGGAAAUGACUGAGCUACAGAGGAAAAGCACUGAGCUGGAGCAGUACUCACACACUGAGGACCACCUCCUCCUCCUCCAGACCUUCCCAUCCCUGUGUACCCCGAAACACACAAAGGACUGGUCUGAGGUCAGUGUUCACAGUGAUAUGUGUUUGGGGGGACUGAGGAGAGCUGUGUCUGAGCUGGAGCAGACACUUCAGGAAGAACUAGAGAGAGAGGUGAAGAGGUUGUGUGAUGUUGAGCUGAAGACAAUUCAGCAGUGGUCAGCGGAUGUGACCCUGGACCCUGAUACAGCACAUCCAUUCCUCAUCUUGUCUAGGGACCGGAAACAAGUGAGAUAUGGAGGCACACGGCAGAAACUCCCUGACAACGCAAAGAAAUUCUAUAACCCAGAGAGGUUUUUGAAUCACCUCUCUGUCCUGGGAAAAGAGAGUUUCUCCUCGGGGAGAUUCUACUAUGAGGUGCAGGUGAAUGGAAAAGCUGAGUGGCUUUUAGGAGUGGCCAGGGAGUCCAUCAACAGGAAGAAUUACAUAAAUAUGAGCCCUGUCGAUGGCCUCUGGACUGUGUAUAUGAGGGGUGAGGAUAUCUAUGAGGCCUACACCUCUCCCCCUGUCCCUCUCUCCCUGAGAGAGAAGCCCCAGAAAGUGGGGGUGUUUGUGGAUUAUGAGGGGGGUCGUGUCUCCUUCUACAAUGUGGAGGCCAGGGCUCAUAUCUACUCUUUCAUUGGCUGCGCCUUCACUGAGAAACUCUAUCCAUACUUCAACACCUGUGAUAAUGAACUCGGUCCAAACUUAGCCCCAUUCGUCAUCUGUCCUGUCAAUCACACAGACUGAAUGAAAUGUUGUACUUUGGCACAUGAUUUUAUCUGUAAUUAGUAUGAACAUGUAAUCCUAUGGCGCAAUGAUGAGAAGAAAUAACAUCCGAAGUAAUAUGGUGUUAUGUACAGUUGAAGUUGGAAGUUUACAUACACCUUAGACAAAUACAUUUAAACUCAGUUUUUCCACAAUUCCUGACAUUUAAUCCUAGUAAAAAU